AUGCCUUGCACUCGUUGUUUCCGUGCAAAGGUCCCGUGUCGUUUUAGCAAGAAGUCUACACGCUGUAAGACUUACAUCGAGGCGAAGAAACCUUGUAACGGCGUCCUCGUAGCGUCUACUCGUAAGGAGUGGGAUGAGAAAGAAGAGAAAGCGGGUAAGGAGCUAUUCGCGCUUCAUCAAGAGUUUGCUCGUUUGCAAGUUCAAAUGGCGGAUGCUGCGGGUCGUCUGAAACGGAUUCGGACGGUCCGUAAGAUGGUUCGGGAGCGGCAGACCGAAGUUUUUAAGCAUAGUAUGCAGGAGGUUGACAGGGAGGAUAGCGUCCUGGCGGACGACGAAGUCCUACCUGCCUUAGAUGCUUACGAAAGGUUCGUCGUUAGUAACCUCCAGGCAGUGGGUCUCGGGAAUGAUCCUCCUUAG